CCAAAUAUCAAUUUGGUUAUCGCUUGGAAAAGAAACAGAAAUGCCUUUAUCAUCAAAGAAUGAUUUUAUAUUUUAGUACAUAUAUCCUAUUUCCGAUUGUUUUUUUGAGAGCCUACACAGAUGACUUGAUCGACAUAACAUUUGGUCAACGAGAUUCUGCUUUUCUAAUCAGUGACAAUCAAAGCCUUAAAUAUAAUUCUUCAACAUUUUUCGCAUCAGCAAGCAACUUGGACCGUUAUGAGAUCGAUGCAUCCAUAGGAUUUUUGCAUAGUUCUUUAACUGUCUUGGGUGAUAAGCUUAUCAAAAAUUCAAAAUUUCAUGUGACUGUACAUACUUUUGAUACAGAGAUAGGCGAAGAAACAAAAACAUUGCACUUUCUAUGUCAUGCAAGCUACUACGGUAAAGUCGGUGACUUAGGAUUUGAUCUGAGCAGUUUGUGUUGUAUUAUAUCCAUAAAUGCUUCGUACUUUAACGAAUUGACAUCUUGUGUUAUAGUCAUCGACCAUGUUAGUAAAAACUGGAUAUGCCAUGCAUCAAUUCAACUUCCACAAGCUCUUUGGAAGCAGAACCAGUCGCCAGAAGUUACUCUUGCAUAUGCGUCAUCGGGUUUUAUUUCGAAUCUGGACAACGUCGAACAACAACAUGACAAUCAGGAUAAUUUUAAGCGCUGUCACUUGUCACUAAAUCAUGUCAAGUUAUCGUUUGUUUCUAUUCCAUCAGUUAACAUUGCACAUACCGUCCCGGAUGCUAUUCGUGAAUUAGGAAGAAGUUUAUUGUUACAGAUCCCGAGAAGGGAAUUAAAAACAAAUGAGGAAUUUUUGGUAACUGUUCGUCUGAAACGUUUUGACGAUGUUUCGGAUUUUACUUUGAGAUGUGAAAUACCAUCCAAUACUUAUGUUGAAUUUGUUCGUGUAAUCUGGCCAGCUAGUGUGAAUUCAUUAAUAUCUCCUUCAUCGUCAUCAUUAUCAUCAUCAUUGCCAGUAUCCUUAUCAUCAUCAACAACUAAUGGUGAUACAAGUUCUUCUAUUGAAGUUGAAGAAUUCUUUGAUACUCAAACUGGACCAACUAGUAGAUCUUCUGAAAGAAACGACAUAAGAUCACAUAAUAUGUGGGAUGUGUUCCAUAGAAGUGUAAUCAGUUCAAAACGUAAUGUAACUGAAAUUGUUGCUCGUUUCAGAGAAGAUUUAGUUACAUCAAAUCCAUCUUCAAAAUACAGUUCAGCAACUGAAGUCUACAAAUUACAAUUUCGUGUUAACAAACCUCAGUCUAAUUCACCUGGUCGUGUUGCACCAAGAAUAUUUUGGAGUUUAGUUAGUUUAAGUAGACGAAAUUCACCAGAUCAUUCAAUUAGUGCAAGUCCAGUUGUAACAAGAUUGAAUAUUGAGCCGUCUGAAUUCAAACACAUAACAAUGGUGUUAAAAAUGGAUACAGCACACCAAAUAAUUAAAACAGAAGAAUCAUAG